AUGAAUGUUCAGACACUUAAUUAUAUAUUUAUAGUUUUUGUCAUAUAUUUGUUGAAUCAAAAUGUUCAUUCUCAGCUGCAGGUUGGGUUUUACAGCUAUUCAUGUAGCAUGGCUGAGUUCAUUGUAAAAGAUGAAGUCGGAAGAGCUUUUACUAAGGAUCCUGGAAUUGUUGCUGGGCUUCUGAGAAUGCAUUUUCAUGAUUGUUUUAUUAGAGGGUGUGAUGCAUCUGUGCUUCUUGAUUCUACUCCCACAAACACAGCAGAGAAAGACUCUCCAGCAAAUAAACCAAGUCUCCGAGGGUAUGAAGUCAUUGAUAAUGCAAAGGCUAGACUUGAAGCAAUGUGCGAAGGGAUUGUUUCAUGUGCUGACAUAGUUGCAUUUGCAGCAAGGGAUAGUGUGGAGUUAGCUAGAGGGCUUGGUUAUGAUGUUCCUGCAGGAAGAAGAGAUGGCAGAAUAUCACUAGCUUCAGAUACAAGAACAGAGCUACCUCCUCCAACUUUCGAUGUCAACCAACUCACUCAACUAUUUGCAAAGAAAGGGUUAACACAAGAAGAAAUGGUCACCCUCUCAGGAGCACACACCAUUGGCCGCUCUCAUUGCUCCGCUUUCACCAGCAGAUUAUACAAUUUCAGUAGCACUUCAAGCCAGGAUCCAAGUUUAGAUCCCUCAUACGCAGCACUGUUGAAAAGGCAAUGCCCACAAGGAAGCACAAACCAAAACUUGGUUGUUCCAAUGGACCCUUCCAGUCCUGGAACCGCAGAUGUUGGAUAUUAUAUUGAUAUAUUGGCGAACCGGGGCCUAUUUACAUCUGACCAGACUCUCUUAACGAAUACUGUAACAGCCAGCCUAGUGAAUCAAAAUGCCAGGAAUACUUAUCAAUGGGCAAGCAACUUCGCUGAUGCUAUGAUAAAGAUGGGUCAAAUCAGUGUAUUAACAGGUAACGUAGGAGAGAUUAGAACAAAUUGUAGGGUGGUCAAUAGCUAG